AAUAACUCCUUUAUCCUCUAUCUCUCUCCCUCACUCCAAAUGGUUCUGAUGGAGUCUCUUUCAAUGGUGCUCUGCUCCUGUCCACCCGUCCUCCAAACCCACCUCAAAACCCAGAAACUGGCCAUCUUCAAACCCACCUCUCCUCUCCCAAACUCCAUUCCCAUCCCCAUUUCCACUUCUCGCCAAACCCAAUUCCCCGCCGCCCACAAAACCCCAUUCCAAAACCAUCUUCAAAAUCCAACAAAAACCCAUUUUUCUUUCGCUCUUCUCAACCUCCUCACCCCUCUUCCUUCCCUUGCUUCCGAGGCUGUUGUCUCCUCCACCGACCAAGUAUCCGACAAAAUUAACCUCGAGUCAAUCGUACUUGCAAUUGAUGACUUUCUCACCAGGAACCCUUUUUUUGUUGCUGGGUGUACCUUCAUUUGGCUGGUUGUCAUACCUCUCACCGAAGAGUACUUGAGAAAAUACAAGUUCGUCUCUGCCAUUGACGCAUUUAAGAAACUCCGGGAUGACCCCAAUGCGCAGCUCUUAGAUAUUAGGGACAAGAAGACUUUGAAGUACAUGGGGUCUCCAAAUUUGACGAUUCUGAAUAAGGGUGUGGUGCAGGUUGAGUUUUCUGAGGGAGAUGAAGAUGGGUUUGUGAAGAAGGUGUUGGAAAGCUUUGGAGACGUGGCAAGCACUGUGGUCUGUGUUCUAGACAAUUUUGAUGGUAAUUCCAUGAAAGUGGCGGAAUUGUUAUUCAAGAAUGGUUUCAAGGAGGCCUACGCAAUCAGGGGUGGAGUCAGAGGUGAAAAGGGUUGGAUGGCGAUACAGGAUUCUCUUUUGCCACCUUCUGUGCAUAUCUAUCCCAAGAAGAAAGUUAAAACUUCUCGAAAACGUAGGAUGAAUGGAGGAGUUAUUCAGCAAACUGAAGAUACAAAUAAUGCUACCUCUUCUGCUUAUAUUUCUAUAGAAGAAAAUUGGAAAAAUGAUGGUCAUCUAAACAAGUCAACAGAAUCCAUACCAGACAUGAAAAGUGGUUCUUGAUUAUCCUCUCCCUGUGGUAAUGAUCCAGACCUAAAACCACCAUUUUCCCCUACUUCCUAAGAGCCUCAAGAUUGAUGUUGUAUAUCUCAAGCGGCAAAUCCUGUUGGGUUGAACCUCAUUUCAUUUUUUUGGCUACUUAAUUUGUUUAUAUAUAUCUUAAUUUUUAAUUUUUUUUUUCAUUAGUGUCUGUAUUGUGGUUAAAUUAUUCCUUAAAUUUCCAAUUUUGACAAUAAU